AUGGCAACUCUCCAAUUCGAGGAAGGAGUUAAUCGACCUCAGGCAAAGGCUUCCCACUGCAGACAGCAGCUUCUCGUCAACAUUUUAGAUGGAAUGGCUAAUGUGAAGCCUAACGCAACUUACGCGCACGCACCCAUCUCUCCCGUGGGUUAUGACAAAGGCUUUCGGAGGAUCACGUACCAUCGACUGGCAAAUGCUGUGAAUGGCUUGGGUUGGUGGAUCACGGCACAAAUUGGAAGAAGCGCGUCCUUUGAUACACUACUCUACCUGGGUCCAAAUGACAUUCGCCAAACUGCCAUCAUUUUUGCUUGCAUAAAGGCUGGCUAUAAGUGCCUCUUUACAUCACAUCGCCUUCAGCUGUGCGAUACGCAAUCGCUCCUGCGCAGUACUUCCUGCAAAGCAAUUCUCACCUCGGACCCCUUGGGAUUUCACAUCCCAUCUAUCAAAGAUGGAUGCCCUCUUCCUAUUUAUCAAGUCCCUCCUCUGAACACUUUGCUUGUUGAAGACUAUCCUUCUUACCCGUACAAGAAGCCAUUUGAGCAAGCGAAACAUGACCCAUUUCUCGUACUGCACACAUCCGGUACAUCGAGUACACCCCGACCAAUGGUGUUGAAGAAUGACUGGCUCGCGACAUAUCUUCAAAGUCUACAUGCACCCUCACCACCAGGGUUUGAGUGCUUAGAGAGUCGAAUGAGAGGUUGUCGGGUAUUUGUGAUGCUAACGCCUUAUCAUGUACAUGGAGUUAAGUCAUUCCAGGGUGCAAAUCUGGACAUCACGGUUUUCGGUGCAUUGACGAACGAGACUCCCAUCAUCCUUCCACCCGCAGAAGCCCCCGUCAAUGUUCAAACUCUGAUCCAAGGCCUUGGUACGAUUGAUGCCGAUGUUUGUUAUGUGCCUCCUCAUUUUAUUGAGGAAAUUGCGAACAACCAAAAGUAUGUCGAAAUUGUAACAUCACGUGCAAGUAGUCUAGUUUACGCCGCUGGAAAAGUGUCCGAAGCUCACGCUGAUAUCAUGAGUGCGAAAAUGGAAUUUUGGGGCCGAUACGGUGCUACCGAGCAGGGAACGGUGCCAUCUCUUCGGGCCUUAGGCGGAUGGGAUUGCACGAUGUACAACUACAUCAUUCCCCAUCCUACCGCAGGAUGGCAGUUCCGACCUUAUUCUUCGAGCAACGACGAGACCAUCUACGAAGCCUUUAUAGUCCGCGACGUGGAGAAUUUGAAAGUUCAGCCCGUCUUCACAUUGUUUGAGGAGUUGGAGGAGUAUCCUACGCACGAUUUAUUCCUUGCGCACCCCAGGAUCCCGGGAGCUUACAAGUGGUGUGGGAGGACUGACGACACUAUCUCCUUAUCAACCGCCGCCAACGUUAAUCCGAUGAUUAUGGAGCAUGGACUAGACCAACAUCAACAUAUAAAAGGGGUGUUGAUGAUUGGAAAUGGGCGCCCACGACCCGCUCUUCUUGUAGAGCCGAACGACUGCGCGGUCUCUAAUCAGAGCUUCAUCGAUGGCAUCUGGGAAAGCGUGGAGAAGCUAAAUCGGGCUUAUUUUGUCGACCACAGGAUACUCAAAAGUUACAUCAUUGUGACCAAUGAGCGGGAACGGUCGAGCUGUACGCGGAGGAACUGCGGGCAUUGUAUGAACCACGCUCAAAUAGAUAUGCUUCGAAUGUCGAUGUAA